AUGGCGGCGGUGGCGGCGGGCGCGGCGGCCCCUCAGCAGCCGCCGCCGCCUCAGCAGCCGCCGCAGCCGGCGGGAGGCGGCGGGAGCGGCUCUGGGGAGGCGGCGGGAGCCGCGGGUGGGGCCGGAGGAGGCGGCGGAGGUGCCGGAGGCGGUGGCGGCGCAGCCGGGCCUGCGCCGGGCUCGGGGUCGGGCGGCGGCGCGGCCGCGGGCGAGUCGUGGUACCUGGCGCUGCUGGGCCUGGCCGAGCAUUUCCGCACGUCCAGCCCGCCCAAGGUGCGGCUGUGCGUGCACUGCCUGCAGGCCGUGCUGCCCCGCAAACCCCCGCCCCGCAUGGAAGCCCGCACGCACCUCCAGCUCGGCUCCGUCCUUUACCACCACACCCGCAACGGCGACCAGGCCCGCGGGCACCUGGAGAAGGCGUGGCUGAUAUCCCAGCAGAUCCCUCAGUUUGAAGAUGUGAAGUUUGAGGCAGCCAGUUUGCUGUCGGAGCUCUACUGCCAGGAGAAUUCCGUGGACACGGCCAAGCCCCUGCUGCGAAAAGCCAUCCAGAUCUCCCAGCAAACUCCCUACUGGCACUGCAGGCUGCUCUUCCAGCUGGCUCAACUGCACACUCUGGAAAAGGAUUUGGUGUCAGCCUGUGACCUGCUGGGAGUGGGGGCCGAGUACGCCCGCGUGGUGGGCUCCGAGUACACCAGAGCCCUCUUUCUGCUCAGCAAGGGGAUGCUGCUGCUGAUGGAGAGGAAGCUGCAGGAGGUUCACCCGCUGCUGACGCUGUGUGGGCAGAUCGUGGAGAACUGGCAGGGAAAUCCCAUCCAGAAGGAAUCCCUCAGGGUCUUCUUCCUUGUCCUGCAGGUCACACAUUACCUGGAUGCAGGCCAGGUGAAGAGCGUGAAGCCGUGCCUGAAGCAGCUGCAGCAGUGCAUCCAAACCAUCUCCACCCUGCACGACGACGAGAUCCUGCCCAGCAACCCCGCGGACCUGUUCCACUGGCUGCCCAAGGAGCACAUGUGUGUGCUGGUGUACCUGGUGACAGUGAUGCAUUCCAUGCAGGCAGGAUACCUGGAGAAGGCUCAGAAAUACACAGACAAAGCCCUCAUGCAGCUGGAGAAGCUCAAAAUGCUGGACUGCAGCCCCAUCCUGUCCUCAUUCCAAGUGAUUUUGUUGGAACACAUCAUCAUGUGCAGGCUGGUGACAGGACACAAAGCCACGGCCCUUCAGGAGAUUUCCCAGGUCUGCCAGCUGUGCCAGCAAUCUCCCAGACUCUUUUCCAACCACGCUGCCCAGCUGCACACACUCCUGGGUCUGUACUGCAUCUCUGUCAACUGCAUGGACAAUGCAGAAGCACAAUUCACUACAGCACUGAGGCUCACAACCCACCAGGAGCUGUGGGCAUUUAUUGUCACCAACCUGGCCAGUGUCUACAUCCGAGAAGGGAAUCGGCACCAGGAGCUCUACAGUUUAUUGGAAAGAAUAAAUCCCGACCACAACUUCCCAGUGAGUUCCCACUGUCUCCGAGCUGCAGCGUUUUACAUCCGGGGGCUUUUCUCCUUUUUCCAGGGAAGAUACAACGAGGCCAAGCGUUUUUUGCGGGAGACUCUGAAGAUGUCGAACGCCGAGGACCUGAACCGCCUGACCGCCUGUUCCCUGGUGCUGCUGGGCCACAUCUUCUACGUGCUGGGCAACCACAGGGAAAGCAACAACAUGGUGGUUCCAGCCAUGCAGCUGGCCAGCAAAAUCCCAGACAUGUCCGUGCAGCUCUGGUCCUCAGCCCUGCUCCGGGACCUGAACAAGGCGUGUGGGAAUGCCAUGGAUGCCCACGAGGCUGCCCAGAUGCACCAGAACUUCUCCCAGCAGCUGCUGCAGGAUCACAUCGAGGCCUGCAGCCUCCCCGAGCACAACCUGAUCACGUGGACGGAUGGACCCCCCCCAGUCCAAUUCCAGGCCCAGAAUGGCCCCAACACCAGCCUGGCCAGCCUGCUGUGAGAAUCCCGGGAGAAUCCCGGGAGAAUCCCGGGAAAAUUCCAGGAGAAUCCCGGGAGAAUCCCGGGAAAAUCCCGGGAGAAUCCCGGGAGAAUCCCG